CCCAAGCAACAAGUCUCCAUUCCCUAUUCCUUACAUAUCUACUAACAUCAACAUCCUUUAUUCAUUGACAUGGGCUCGAAUAACGGGUUUGUCUUCUGGUUCUUGACCAUCUAUGCUAAUUUUGUGAUAUCAAGUGCAUUCACGGGCACGUAUGGAGUAAAUUAUGGACGGAUAGCUGACAACAUUCCACGUCCUGAAAGCGUUGUGACCCUGAUGAAGGCAUCUAAGAUCAUGAACACCAGAAUCUUUGAUGCAGAUCAUGAAGUUCUCAAGGCUUUUAAAGGGUCGGGUAUAGAGAUAAUGAUCGGGCUAGGCAAUGAGUUCUUGAGAGAUAUAAGCAUGAGUGAAGACCGGGCAAUUGAUUGGGUUAAAGAAAAUGUUGAGCCUUUUGUCCCUGGGACUCGAAUUGUUGGCAUUGCAGUUGGAAACGAGAUUUUAGGGGGUGGUAAUCAAGAACUUUGGGAGGUUUUGCUUCCGGCUGUCAAAAAUGUGCAUAAUGCAUUAGUUCGGCUUCGUCUAUCAGACAAAGUUGAAGUCUCAAGUCCACACUCGGCUGCUGUUUUUGCAACUUCAUACCCACCAUCAGCAGGCGAGUUCAAGGAAUCUGUUAUACCUUACAUGAAACCAUUGCUAGAAUUCUUCUCCCAAACUAAAUCACCAUUUUACAUAAACACUUACCCCUUUCUAGCUUACAUUAGUGAUCCUGAACAUAUUGAUCUUAACUAUGCCCUCUUUAAAAAGAACCCUGGGAUCUAUGAUGAAAAAACUAAACUUCAUUAUGACAACAUGUUCGAGGCUCAAAUUGACGCAUCCUAUGCUGCUUUGGAGAAAGCCGGGUUCGAGAAGAUGGAGGUCAUAGUAUCAGAAACGGGCUGGGCAUCACGUGGUGACCCUAAUGAAGCAGCAGCAACUCUUAGCAACGCACGGACCUACAAUAUGAACUUACGCAAACGGCUCCUUAAAAAGAAGGGUACUCCUUAUAGACCAAAACAGGUAGUCAAGGCAUACGUGUUUGCUAUGUUUAAUGAGAAUCUAAAGCCUGGGCCGACUUCUGAGAGAAAUUUCGGGCUUUUUAAAGCAGAUGGGAGCAUUUCUUAUAAUAUUGGGUUCACGGGACUUGUACCAUCUUCAUCAACAUCCAUUUUCUUCUCAAAAGGAAUUGGCUCUAUGCAGUUCAUGUACUUGAUAUCUGCUGCAGCCCUGGUGCUGAUCAUAUCAUUGUGACAACUCAAGCAGUUCGGGAGACUGAAGAAGCCUCGUAAAAAAAGCACGGUCAUGUAAAUUUGUAGGGUGGAAAAUUUUAUUUGGGAUAUACAAACAUUGAUGUACAAUAUGGCAGUCUUUCUUGAAUACAAGUUUUCUGUUCAUA